GUUCGAGUCUACACAAUUCCCCACUUGGAAACUUAUAAACGUUCGGAAUACUAUAGGACCCCGGAAGCUCCUGCCAAACCCCGUCCGAAUUAGCGUACUUUAGGGCGCGAUUUUGCUAUUUUCGUUGUCCAUAAUUAGCGUACUUUAGGCCCCAAAAACCAACUCCUUAUGCACUAGUUAGCGUACUUGAGCGUACUUUUGAUGGAUGAAACCGAAAUUUUUAGGUAACUAAAGAAGCUCACCAGUGGUUCGAAGACGUACACUGUCAUAGCCUGGAGCAAAAGACCGAUCUCACUGUUCAACUUACAACGUGCAACGUUCACAUUCAACCACUAGGCACUAAGUAUGUCUGCAAUCUUCCCGCCGGAUGAAAUCCAAAGUAUUCAGAGAGCAUCCCGAGCAGGCACAAGGAUGAUCAGGGACAGCGACAUUAGCUCACUGCAUCUUGACAUCUUGAUUGAGGGGGGAAAAAAGCUUAACUCUAGUAUAAUGAAUGCCGUUGCAGCUCAAAUCCAACUCGAAGCUGAAGCUCAAGGGGAAUCUCCGGCAUUCUGUGUUUUCUCAUCCUGGCUUGGCCCACACCUUGGAAUGAAUGUAGAAGAUGGAGCUGAAUAGUCAAUCUGCGAAGAAGUGGACUGCAUUCCAGAGACGAGAGAUGAAAGAAGUCCUCAAAAGUAUUCCGGUUCUCAAAAUUCGCAUUCCAGCUAAGGUACAAUGAAAUACACUACGUAGAAACACUCGCAGGAGCACUCAGGAGCAUUAGCAAUAUUUUUUGGAGUUUUCUGGAUUUUCUGCGAUUUUUUGGCAUUCACGUGAUUGUCCCU